ACGUCAACCAACGAACGGCACUUUUCUACCCUCUAUCUCCGCAGGAGGAUAUCUAUUCAAAAUUUUCCAUGGCUUCAUCGUCCGGCUCCUCUAUAGUACCCGCGUUUCUCCUCAACAAAAGAAGCUCCACCGGAGGUAUCUCCGACCGUCAUUUGACGCAACGCUUGGCGCCGGCCCCUGAAGGCGGGAGGAAUCUCGCGUUGCUUUGGAAGUGGAAGAGGAAGAAGAGGAGCAGCUUCGUUAUUUUCAGCAAACAGCGUCAUGAAAACGCGUUGCAGUACAAGAAGCUCGGGGACUCCGACCUUGUCAUCAGCGAGAUUACUCUUGGCACUAUGACAUAUGGGGAGCAGAAUACAGAGAAAGAGGCUCACGAGCAACUUAGUUACUCGUUUGAGCGCGGAAUUAAUGCUCUGGACACAGCAGAAGUGUAUCCAAUCCCUGCCAAAAAGGAGACACAAGGAAGGACAGAUCAGUACAUUGCGAGCUGGCUGAAAUCUCAACCCCGAGACAAGGUUAUUUUGGCCACAAAAGUUGCUGGCUACUCAGAGCGAACAAGUUAUUUACGUGACAACUCAAACGUAGUGCGAGUAGAUGCUGCUAAUAUCAAGGAAAGUGUUGAGAAAAGUCUUAAACGUCUUAAUACAGAUUACAUUGACUUACUCCAAAUACACUGCAAAAUUGUCAUCUUAGACUCUUUCUCACACGCUCACACACACGCAUGUACUCACAGACUUCAUCCUUCCAUUUCCUUUGAGUUGUACCUGUGUGAUAUCAGGCCAGAUCGCCAUGUUGCAUUAUUUGGAGAAUAUUUUUAUGAUCCUUCAAAGUGGAGGUCAAGCGUGUCUUUCAUUGAGCAGCUGAGGGGAUUUCAAGAACUCAUUGAUCAAGGAAAGGUAAGGUACAUUGGUGUUUCCAAUGAAACCUCAUAUGGAGUAAUGGAGUUUGUUCAUGCUGCUAAAGUUGAAGGACUGCCAAAGAUUGUCAGUAUCCAGAACAACUACAGUUUGCUGGUUAGGUGCAAGUUCGAACUUGAUCUCGUUGAAGUAUGCCACCCAAACAACUGCAACAUUGGUUUACUUGCUUAUUCUCCACUUGCCGGUGGAGCAUUAUCUGGGAAGUACCUAGACAUUGAUUCUGAAGCUGCCAAAAGGGGGAGGUUUAACCUCUUUCCUGGCUACAUGGGAAGAUACAAUAAGUCUAUGGCUCAGGAAGUUACGGCCAAAUACCUUGAAGUGGCAAAGAAGCAUGGGCUAAGCCUCGUUGAGUUAGCUCUUGGAUUUGCACGAGACCGACCAUUUGUCACCAGUUCAAUAAUAGGUGCCACUACUAUUGACCAAUUAAAAGAAGAUAUUGAUGCCUUUUUGAAAACGGAGAGGCCUUUGCCACCUGAAGUUGUGACAGAUAUCAAUGAUAUCUUCAAGAGAUACAAAGAUCCAGCUAUAAAUUAGGUUCACAGCAUUACAUUGAUUUCCAUUUUGUUCCAAUAAUAUGUUAUCUUAGUAGCAUUUAUUUUAUUUCUUCAAUUGAAACUUACAAACAUUUAAAGACAUGUUUGUAAAAGGUCUAGUUCCUGAAGUUCAAAUAUUUAGAUAUAUGUCUGAGCGAUGAGCAUAUACAUAAGUUGUGGAUGUUCAAUACUGUCAAAAUUAGGACUCGUCUGAUAAUGAAGGUUUUGGACUGUUAGCGAGACAGAAACUUUUUAAGUAUUUGGAGAAAUGCCCCACAGCUGAAACAAA